GGAACAAUGUUUGUAUUCUAAAAACUAAUAUGAACAAAUGGAAAGAGAGACUUAUAACACAAUCUAAUUGUGUAUAUGUAAGUUCAAAUGUUCCUAUGAAGCUGACUACCUCAAAUGUACAAUAAAGAGUCUCCAAACCCUGCAAACAUCACCAUUCUACAUGGUUAAGCAUCAGAGUGAAAACAACACUUGGAAGCCCCAUACACACCGACCUGCAGUGUUUAUUUAUCUGCAGACAGCAGGAGCAAGCUAGGCCAUACAGUUGAAAAUUCGCCUACAUAUCCAAAAUAAUAAUUUCUUUUCCAUUGACAAUAUAAAAAAAUAUCACUUUCAAAGAACAAGAUCGUGCAUAGAUAGCCUCAACCAUUUAGCUAGAACCUAGUGACCAGGAUUCUUUCAUGAGCUACACGACGUGUGCGAACUAUUGGCACUACUCAGUCUCCCAGAAUGAAGUGCACCGGCACUCGAGGCCAGAAGCUAAUGACUGAAAGUAAACUGCUGACGUCAAUGAGCUUCAUUUUCAUCUUUAUCUACCCGCAAGCUUCAAGUGGCCUAAAGGUCAAAUAGUGUACCGUUCUGACAAUCAUUGUCUCACGAAUUUUUUGCUCUCAAUGUCACCAAAAGAAAAGUCGGUUAAAGAGGGAAUUGAGGACUAGACACUUGAUUAAAUUGGCCUUGAAAAGUGAUCUGCCAGUGAUUUCACAGCUGGUUAAUCAUCUCCAUCAAAAAAUGAUAGAUUUCGGCUUGAUAGAAGACAAGAGGCAUUCAAAAGAUGCCAUGGAUGCUCAAUGGUCGGAUGAUGAAACGUUACAAUUAAAAUUAGACUUCGAAGAUGCCUAUCAUUUAUGGACAGUGAGGCGAACCAAAAGCUCUUCUGAAAGAUGUCACAAUCUCCAUAGAAAUCACCUACAUAGUAAAUGGGAGGAGAAAAUAAAACUGUGUAAUCAUUUAGAAAUUCCAGCAGUUAAUAAUAAAGCAGCCUGUAAGAAACUAUUGAAUAAAUUGAAGUAUGAUGAAAGCCGCAAACUUACAUCGUCCUCUUAGCCUUCAGUCCUAUUCAUCUAUUAUGCACCACCGUGCUUUAUCACCAAUAGACCAGAUUACCAGCAUCAGGAUGGGAAUGUCCUUAAUACUCGUAUUCAUGUUAAUUGCCGAAGGAACAACGAUGAAAGACCACAGAAAACGGAACCCACUCUUCCUCUUAUCAGCUGUUGUAUCCCAUGUAAUAGAUAGACGCACCUAAUAAUAGAUUGAUGGCCUAUCAAUACAUGAAACAUAUCGAAGAACUAGUUCCUCAUAAUUAUCAUAGUGGUGAAUAACAUGUAUGACUACUCAUCUCACCACUAUUCUCCAUUCCUUUAUGUAUAUUGCUGUUGGUUACUCUUGUCUGUUAUCAUCUUUUCUUCUCAGGUUAUUAUGCAUUCCUGGACUACUAGUUUUUGAGAGAACAAUUAAUAAAGACAGAUUUCUCUGUGUGCUAAACAAACAUGAAAUAAAACGGACAAAACAAAUACAAACAAGUAUACAUGUAGAAGGGUAUUCAGUCCACAUGAAUCAGUAUACACAUAGAAUGCAGUCAUUUGAAAAGCUGUAAUUGUACCAAAAUACUCAAAUGUAUAUAGACGUACAGAAUGGUAGGGAAGAAAUAGUUCGUUUCCUGGGUACACAGAAGCUCACUACACGUAAGAGAUGCGAAGGGCCGGAGAGCACGUGCGGAGAGAAACGUAGAU